AUGAACAAUACCAAGCACAAUAGAAAAUCUAACUCUUAUUCAGUGUUCCCUUUCCUAAAGACGAAAGGGGAAUUAUCUCCAGCUCUCCUUUCACCAGUGGAAUCAGUCAAAAAGACUACAUUUUCUCAGCUAGUUUCAGGUUACGAUACUUUACGAUUACCAAAAAUUACGACUUUUAGGCAUAAAAGUGAAGACCACAGUCCAGCUGAGACCAGCAGCUCCAUAGAAAUAUCCAUCCCAAGACUACUCCCAUCCAACAUUUCUAACAAUUCGUGUGGGAAAGUAAAAGCUUAUGCUGUUAAUACUCAUCAAGGAAUUUCCCGUACUUAUAACGAAGAUAAAGCUGUUAUUAUACUAAAAAUAAAAAAUCAAGUUUCAAGUGGGGAACAAAAAUGACCUGACUGCUCCUUUUUUGGCUUAUAUGAUGGGCAUGGAGGCCAUUUGUGCUCUAAUUUCUUAAGAGAUAAUCUGCAUCAUUAUAUUGUAGGUGACCCACAUUUUCCCUCGUUACCGAAAAUAGCUAUUUUUCAUGGACUUGCGAAAGCUGAGUCUGAAUUUAUAGAUCUUGCAAAAUCUACAGGCGAUAAGUCAGGCUCAUGCGUUCUUAUAGUGCUUAUUAUUGGGAAAAUGUGCUAUAUUGCUAAUAUAGGUGACUCUAGGGCAAUUUUGAGCACAGAACGAGGCAAAGAGGUCUAUUCUCUAUCUAGAGAUCACGUGCCUACUAAUGAAAUUGAACAAAAUCGAAUUAAAAAUGCAGGUGGACAAGUAUUUUGUUCAACUAAAGAUUUUAAAUCAUGCAGAGUUAUUCCAGGUGGGCUAAAUGUAAGCAGAACAAUUGGAGAUGUAAAUGCUAUUUCCCCCCUCCAUUCUCAUCAUAAGUUUUUUUCUUAUUUUACGUUACUUUUUUAUCAAACCUUCAUAAAAUAUCUAUAAAAAAUUUAUAAAACAAACAUUUUAAUCAAAAAGUUUUAAUUAUAUUUAAAUAUUUUUAUCUUAAUAGCUCACAGAGAGGAGUAAGUUAGCAGAAUUUGGAGGGAUUCCUAACGUUAUCAGUUCACAGCCUGAUAUUAGGACUUUAAAGAUUAAAAAAGAUCACGACUUUAUUCUGAUGGGCUGUGAUGGAAUUUUUGACGUUUUGUCUUCAAAAGAUGCAAUUGAAACAGUCUGGAAAAGCACAGUUGAUGAAGAAAAUGUAUCGCAAGCCUGCAGAAAAGGAGUGGAAACAGUACUAUCUGAAAGUAUGAGAAAAAGAAGCUCUGAUAAUUUGACUGCAAUAAUGAUCGCUUUUUCAAGUUUUGAAAUGAAUUGCCAAAGCUUUUUUAAUUCUAAAAGAUUGUAA